GGAAACUAUCCCAAAUGUCAUAUUUAUCCCACAUAUCCCAAAAAUAUUCAAAACUAGUGUAUCGGGUAGAAACCCAAUGCGGAUUAUAUUCACACCGUACUAUCAUAAGUCUUAUGGAUAGACCAAGAUUUGCCCAUCAUAAGUAUGAAGGUAUGAAGCUUGAUAAAUCAACUAAGCUUCGCUCAGCAUAAGUUUGAAGUUAUAAAGCUAUCGCGUAAGCUGAGCUACGCUCAGCAUAAGUUUGAAGUUAUAAAGCUAUCGCGUAAGCUGAGCUACGCUCAGCAUAAGUUUGAAGAUAUGAAGCUAGAGAGGCAGCUGAGCUUCGCUCAGCAUAAGUUUGAAGUUAUAAAGCUAUCGCGUAAGCUGAGCUACGCUCAGCAUAAGUUUGAAGAUAUGAAGCUAGAGAGGCAGUGGAGCUUCGCUCAGCAUAAGUUGAAGUUAUAAAGCUAUCGCGUAAGCUGAGCUACGCUCAGCAUAAGUUUGAAGAUAUAAAGCUAUCGAGUCAGCUGAGCUACGCUCAGCAUAAGUUUGAAGGUAUAAAGCUUGACGAAUAUGCCAAAUAUUCUUUAAAAGUUUUUAAAAAAAAAUUUUCAUCCAAAGUUGAAUUUUAUAAAAAUCACAGUCAACUUUUGUUUUAAAAAAUUCGUAAGAAAGGAAAGUUUUUUGCCAUUUCUGAAGCAACGGCUGUUCCUACCUUGCCCAAAAACAAUACAGCUCUUCUAUAGAGUAGCACGGAUCAAAUGUAAAAAACUAGAAGUCUCUACGAUGUCUCGUUAUUGAGAUUUCUUGCUGAUUAACUUGCUUGCUUGUUUGCUUGCUUGUUUGCUUACAGAAAGCGUAUUUUGCGAUUUUCUCAGCAAUGCCACAACCAAUUUGAAAUCUGUUUUUUGAAAAUGAUGUAAAAUUUCAGGCACAAACUUUUCUUCUUGCCCUUUUAUAACCAAUUUUGCUUUGUUUUCUCACAAAAUGCGAAAAACUGAUUUUUCAAUCUGAACAAAACCAAUAGAUUCACACGUGAAAACGGUGUGAAUAUAAAAAAUUCCUGAGCAUGUAAGCACGAUAAUAAAGACAUCCCAACGUAUCCUUAGUGUAUUGGACGUGUAAUUUCAGGAUAUGAUGGGAUAUCUCAAUUCUAAUGCAUACAGGAUUAUUUGGGAUGUAUGGGAUAUUUGGGAUAGUUUCCACGCCUUGAUUUUUAUUGACCUUAAUAAACAUUUUCAAUGUAUCAUAGAACAUAACUCUAUGUUUAUUCUGCUGAUAAGAUGAGCUGAUAAGCAACCUAAUAGCUUAAUGAAUGGUGUCCAACCUUUUUUGUACCACAGCACACCUCGAUGGUAUGAUCGAAACCGCACACGGCUUAUGGUUCGUGGAAUUUUUCGAAUUUUUUCUGGCGCAUGGGUUGGCCAUCACUGGCUUAAUAACAUUUCCAAGCUUAGUUCAUUAACCUUUUAUCAAUAGAUUAUUACUGCAUUGUGUUUGUAGUCUGAAUUCAUUUUCAACGAGAGUAGACGUGCAUUAAUAAUUUUAUUCUCUUAAUUUGUACAAAAAAUGUCAAGCUUUGAAGUCACAAAGAAUUUCCCUCGAAUCAGCCGAGAAAACAUUAGUGUGAAAUGCAUUGAUCAAAAAUGGAAGAAUUUUCCAAAAGCAAUUUUACCGAGGAUGUGUGCAGAUAAAUUGGAUUUAUAUAAGAAUUUCUGUAUUCGUCCUGAUGAUAUUUUCAUUUUGGGAUAUCCACGAUCAGGAACUUCAAGAUUGCAGGAAUUAGUUUGGAUUAUUGCAAAUGAUUUUGAUUUUAAGACAUUAGUGGAAUAUGAUGCUGAUGCUAGGUGCAUUAAUUUUGAAAUUCGCGAUUGGAGUUUGAAGUGGCGUGAAAAAACAUUGAUUAGCUCAUUAGAAGACAUGCCAAGUCCAAGAUUAAUGAAAAGUCAUCUUCCAGCUCAACUAUUACCAAAUGAAGUUUGGACGAAGAAACCAAAACUUUUUUAUAUAAGUCGUGAAGUUAAGGACGUUGCAAUCUCGCAAUUUCAUUUAUUAUCAUGCUCAUAUUCAAAUUCAAUUAAUUUUGAUGAUUAUUUGGAGGAUUUUUUGAAUGAUAAUGUCAUGUUUUCGCCAUAUCGAGAAAAUCUUUGGAAUUAUUUGAACUUGCCGGAUUAUGAAAAUAUUUUGUACUUGACUUAUGAGGAAAUGUCUGCUGAUUUAGAUCUAGCGAUUUGUAAAGUUGCAGAAUUUUUGGAAAAAUCUGUUUCGGAUGAAAAUGCUGAAAAGAUCAAAGAUUAUUUAAAGUUUGAGAAUAUGAAAGCUCGAAAAACAAACGACAAUAAGCAGACAUAUAACAUUUUAUUAAAAGACUUAAACAGUAAUAAUCAUAAGGAUUAUAACUUUAUCCGCAAAGGAGUUGUCGGUGGAUAUAAGAACGAAAUGUCAAGUGUUUAUAUUGAUAAGUUUGACGAGUGGUUUGCAAAAAGUAAAAGUUUGAAUCAAGGUUUCAAUUAUACAGAGAAAUUCUGA